CUCCGCCACUGACCGGCCGCGGGGCGGGGCUUCCCGGGUUCGCGGCUGCUCGGCCCGUGGCGCAACGCUGCGCCGGGCCGGCCAGCGGAUCCCUCAGCCGCGGUGGCCGGCAGUUCCUCUGAAACUGGGAGAAAGAAGAGAAUGGAUAUGGGUAACCAACACCCAUCCAUAAAACGGUUGCAUGAAAUACAGAAAGAAGUCAAAGAGAUUGAACAGCAAGUGGCUGUCUUCAGUGGUCUGUCUACUGAUCAAGAUUACAAGAAAUUAGAAAGGAGUCUCACAAAACAACUUUUUGAAAUAGAUUCUGUAGACACUGAAGGAAAGGGGGAUAUUCAGCAAGCCAGAAAGCGGGCUGCUCAGGAAACCGAGAGGCUGCUUAAGGAACUGGAACAAAAUGCAAAUCAUCCACGCAGGCUGGAAAUAGAGGCUAUAUUCAAGGAGGCACAGUCACUUGUGGAGCGUGAGAUUACACCUUUUUACAAAGGAGGUAACAGUAUAAGUGAUGAAUUUGAAGAAGGUAUCCAAGACAUUAUAUUGAGGCUUACCCAGGUGAAAACUGGAGGGAAAGUUUCUUUGCGUAAAGCGAGAUACCGCACUCUGACAAAAGUAUGUGCUGUUCAGGAGAUUAUAGAAAGCUGUGUGAAGCAGCAGCUAUCCCUGCCACUCUCUAAUGAUGUGCAUCCUUCUGUCUCCAAAAUUAACUCUGUAAUGUGUGAUGUGAACAAAGCAAGAGGGACUCUUAUUGCGCUUCUAAUGGGAGUGAGUAGUAAUGAUACCUGCAGGCACCUAUCCUGUGUGCUUACCGGCCUCAUUGCUGAUCUGGAUGCUUUAGAUGUCUGUGGCCGCACAGAAAUAAGAAAUUACAGAAAGGAAGUGGUGGAAGAGAUCAAUAAAUUGCAGAAGUACCUAGACUUGGAAGAAGAAGGAAAUUCUACUCAUGCUUAUGAUUUGGCACAAAAUCAGUCCAUUCUGAAAAUAGAGGAGAUCCGCAAGAAAAUGAAGGAAGUCAACUCUUUACUUCUAAAAACAGAGAAUGCUUCUGAUUUGUAUUUGGGAUCCAAAGCAGAGCUGCAAGGAUUAAUUUCCCGCUUAGAUGAGGUGAGUCCUGGAAAAAACCCCUGUAUUAGAGAAGCCAGAAGAAGAGCAGUAAUAGAAAUUCAAACUCUUAUAACGUAUAUUGAUUUGAAGGAAGCACUCGAAAAAAGGCAAAUGUAUGCUGAGCAAACUGCUGCUGAACAUCAGUCUCAUAAAGCAGUUUGGAAUGUUCUUGGAAACUUGUCCCAAAUUCAGCAGGAGGUCAUUUCAUUUGAUGGAAACAGAAUGGAUAAAAACUACAUGAGACUGGAAGAACUUCUUACAAAACAGCUUCUAGCACUUGAUGCUGUUGAUCCACAAGGUGAUGAGAGGUGUAAGGCUGCCAGGAAGCAAGCAGUAAAACUCGCACAGAAUAUUCUUUACUACCUGGACAUGAAAACAGAUGAAUGGGAAUACUGAAACAGCCAUGGCCUAACACAGAAUAACAUUUCUUCCUUUGGCACUUUAUCCAGAUCAUUAGCACACAGUAAAAGUGGAGUGUUCUGUGCUUGCUUAAAUCAUGGAGAUUGCAUAAGCAGUUGACUUGGGUAUAUGUCUGCUAUCCCACGCAGUCAUCCACUUGCCAUGGCAACUGUCAGUACACCAUCAGCAAUUCUGGUCAUUGCUAUAAGCAAAGAAAUGUGAUUCUCUGAAAGAGUAGUUAAAUACUUGAUCAAAUGGCUUCUUUUUUUUUUUUUCCUUUCUGUUUUAAUACACUUGUUCAGUGAAUGCAGGUUUUUCAAAGAUGCAGAAGCUUCCUUAUGGUACAGUGCUGGCAAGUCUAUUUAAAGAAGUUUGGACAUGAAAAUUAGUAUUCAGGCAUGAGGCUCCAUCCGGCAACUUCACAGCAGUCUGGAUAUACUCUUUAAUGUGCUGUUAUGACAAAGCAUUAAGGGCAAAAAACCUGUUGGCUUUUGGGUUGUACUUGUUUUAUUCCAUCCCUCACACUUUCUGAGGAGUGUUCAGAUUUGUGAGCAAAUGGGGCCAUAGUGACAGCUGCAAAUCAGCAUUUAUGUAGGCAGAGCCAGUUAUGUCUGUUUUUCAUAAUAACUGAGCCCUUUUUGCAAAAACAGGUCUUUUGUUGGUGGAAACUCUGAAAUUACCGCUUUAAGAUAGUGAGAGUUGGGGAGGAAAACCUGUGUGUAGGUAGUAACCAGAUAAUUGGGAUUUUGAGGAUUUCACACUGCCAUCCAUAAACCUGUAAAAACUGCACUGAACUUUAUUUAGUGGCUGCUUGUGUGUCUUUUUAAACUCUUGUUAGGCCUGAAUUGACUUGUCUUCACAUUUGGUGAACAGAAUUCACUUUGAAGUGGAUGAGCAUUUUGGAAUUAUUUUUGUAAAAUUAGGUAGCCGGCUGUAAAGAUGUCUCUAACGAUGCAAGUGAGUGCUAGAUAUUUCUGGUGGCUUCAAGCAUGUCUUGGAAAAGACUUGUGGCAAAUGUCUCACAACUCACCACUUUGUUGUUACAGUGACUUCGUAAAUAAUCUUGCUGGUACUAUUGUGUGCACCUACCUUUUUAUUUGUGGCUGCUAGUGCCAAUCACAUUUCUGCUAUGGCAUGUUUGUUGGGUUGGCUUUUUGUUUUUUUUGUUUGGAAAGCAUGACAUUAAAGUCAAUUCAUUAUAAAAAUACAAUUAUGGAUACUUUGCACUUAGCUCUUUCAUGUUGAAUUAAUGAUUCCUGUUCUUUAGAUGAUGAUUUGCACCACUUCAAAGAGUAAAAACUAUUUGGGAUGUUAAAUAUUUUUAGAUCUAUUUUUGACUGCCUUGGGAAGACAAUACUAUCUGUGAGAGACAAGUGCCUUUAUGACACCAUCAACUUACACCAUAGUAUGGAGACAUAGGAACUGUUUAUUGGCAGCUCGAUUUGUAAUCUCUGCAAACUGGAUUUCUCACAUGUAUAUAUAAUCCUACUGUAAUAAAUGUCGAAUUACCUUAAAAUGAUAGGUGACAAGUGUUCUAUGGACUCUGAGUAUUGAACUUGGGAAACAGGGAUUCAUCUUAAAAAAGGAAUGCAUUGAUGUGGACAUGGGAGAUUUGGGGCAAGUCCUCUGUGCCUAUUGCUACUAGAAAGAGAGGAUGUUUUCUUCAUAACAUGCUCUGAGAUGUCAAUGGAAGGCUGUGUAACUUCUGAGUGUGAAUAAAUUUUGUGAUUGUACAGGUGAUUGCUUUGCAAAAACUGAUCCAUUUUGUCAAUCAAGUACAGUGCCUAAAGCACCAUUUGGCACUGACACAACAUUUGUUGGAGGAUUCUCUGCUCCUUCAGAGAUAAUAACCCCACUGGGUUUCUCUCUCCUUAUCUCGAAAAAUCAUUUCCCCUAGUUAAGAUUCCGUUCUAUAUUUAGAUGUUAAUAUUUAGAUGCUAAUAUUCUAACACAGAAUAUUAAUAAUGUUAUACACCUGAAUGAUUUUACUCAUUUCAAGCUUUCUACACAUUUGAACUGCAACUUCUGAUUUGCACUUACAUUUUUAGGAAAUAGAGAAUUUGAUAAUGUCAUGAUAUUAUUAAUCUUUCUUUAGUAUUACUGUCAGGUUUGCAGUGGUAACUUGUAUUUUGUUUAGCAGUUUAGUGUCCAUGUUCUUUGGAGGUUACCUGAAGCGUUAUGAAUGUUUGAACCUGUCACACAAAGAUGAGUAAGCAUAGUUUCAGAUCUGUUCUAUUUUAAAUUUGUAUGUGUUUUAGAUUUUUUUUGAAUGAACUGUUAGGCCUGUGUCUCUAAGAAGGCAAAUGUGUAAGUCAGUGUAGUAUUGAGUAGAGUUCAGUGGCAAGCUAUUAUGUAGAUUAAGCUUCCC